GUGAAUAUUCAUUCCACUUGGACCUCUUCCAAGUUACCAAAAAUUCAUAAUAAAAGCAAUUGUUUGCACUGCAGUUUAUACUCUAAUAACAUACAAAGUGGACGUUACGCUCAGUAAAAAUUUUGUAAAUACAUCAGAUUUUCUGGAAAAAUGUGGGCGAUUUUUUUUUAUAGGCCGACGUUUAUGGGAACAUAAAACAAAUGCUUAAUUCUAAAUUAUUCUUACUAAGUGGUAUGCGUUCUAGUUUUGUGGCUAAUUUUUGGUAGUGUGGCAAUAGAAUGUCUGUAAAUAUGAAUAAUCGUUCCUCGGCGAAAAGUGUGCGAAUAGGCAAUCACGAACCUGUCUUAUUUUACGAUGAAGCUAUAGACACGGACAGCGAUAGUAUAUCGGGGGAAGAAGAAGUAGGUUCUGGAUCAGAUAGUGAACAGAGGAUUCGUGUACGACCGGCACAGGAAAUCUGGGAAACAAGUACUGUGUGGAACGCACUUAUGUUAUUAGACGAUGCAAACAUUAUCCUAGAGUUAAUAAACAAUCAGCAAUUAGAUCAGUUAACUCUCUACAAGAGUGGGAAGAAGACCGGUAUACUGAUUGCGUCAUGGUUAGGACAAGCAGCAGCACUUAAAGUAUUAAUCGCGCAGGGAGCUACGGUGCAUGUCGCAGACUGCGGUGGAAGGACGCCUUUACACUUGGCGGCUUGUUCUGGUAAUUACGAAUGUAUCAGAAUACUUUUGGAUGCUGGAGCACCUGUUAUCGCGUGGGACUCUGGUCACAAAGCUACCCCAAUCCACUGCACUGCUAGUCGAGGCUAUCUAGCAUGCACAAAGCUUCUUAUACGAAGGGGAGCAGAUGUGAAUGCAGGAAUUACAAAUAAAAGCCCACUGCAUUACGCAGUCCAAAGUCUUGCGGCAGAUUGCGUUAAAGAACUUUUGGAGGCAGGUGCGAUUCCGAACACUCCCCAGGUCUACACUGAAGCUCCGCUGCAUGUUGCCGCUGCUUUAGGAUCGACGGAAAUAAUAAAGCUACUCAUAAAACAUGGAGCGGCAGUAACGGUUCAAUGUGGAUUAGAAAAAACAACAGCGCUUCACUUAGUAGCCGAAGACGAUAACGUGGAAUCUGCCCGUCUCUUACUAGACGCAGGAGCGCACAUCAUGGCGGUUAAUAAGAAAUUGCAAACUCCCCUUCAUUUAGCAACGCUGUCUCAGUCGACCGAAACAUUGCAGUUAUUACUCAGUCGCGGAGCAAACCCAAACGUAACAGACAUCAACGGGAGAACUCCUUUACAUGGGGCAAUUGCAAAAGCAUCACGAUGUGAAUGCAUACGGUUCUUACUGAACGCUGGCGCAAACGUGAACGCGUCUGACGCGUUCGGUUACACUCCACUGCAUUUAGCCGCGCUCAACGAAUAUUCGCAAUUUGUAAUGAUGCUAAUAAACCACGGAGGAGACGUCACAGCGAGAACAAACGGAGGAAUAUCAGUUCUUACCUUCAUAACACGACGAACUCCGGACGUAAUUCCAAAAUAUAUAACCAAAUUUGGUUCGGCCAUAAAACUAACCGAUCACGAACUCGGAGACGUUGAUUGCGAACUGAAAUUAGAUUUUAGAGUACUCGUGCCAUCGCCAAAUAAAGGCGAAACAGAAUUGCUGCUCAAUUUUAUUGAAGUCGGCCAUCGGGAAGUCCUAAACCAUCCACUGUGUGAAACCUUUUUGCAUUUAAAAUGGAAAAGAAUUCGGAAGUUCUUUUUCUUUAGUUUGUUUUACCACACACUUUUCGUUACGCUUUAUACAGGGUACAUUUUGGGCGUUUUUCUAAAAAACUGCCCUUCGAAGAGAAUGGCCGGAGAGAGCAACUGUAAAAUUCCAAUGUACAUAACUGUUGUAGGCUUCAUUCUUAUCUGGUUUAAUUUUUUAUUUAUGGCUAAAGAGAUUUUCCAAAUCGCGCACAACUGGUCGGGAUAUGUCAAGAAUUGGGAAAAUUGGCUGCAGUGGUUGAUUAUAAUAAGCGUUUUCCUGUGUGUCUUUCCAAAUAAGCAUACAGAUAUUAGGCUCAACGUGCAUACUUGGCAGCAUCACGUGGCGGCGGUGGGAAUUUUUCUUACUUGGGUUGAGUUGAUGAUGAUAGUGGGCCGAUUUCCUAUCUUCGGGCUGUAUGUACAAAUGUUCACAACAGUAUCCAUAAACUUUUCGAAAUUUCUUUUAACCUACUCCUGCUUGCUCAUUGCGUUCGCCUUAUCUUUUGGUGUGCUGUUCCCGAAUUACAAAUCGCUUCAAAUGAUCGAAUGGAGUGCGCUAAAGACAGUCAUAAUGAUGUCUGGUGAGUUGGAAUUUGAGGAUAUGUUCUACGAUCCUGACUACAAACUUCUAUAUCCGAUCACUACUCAUAUAAUGUUUUUCGCAUUUGUCCUCCUAGUUACUCUCAUUUUAAGCAAUUUGUUGGUGGGUUUGGCAGUAAAUGAUAUUCAAGGUUUAUUCCAGAGUGCCGGAUUAGAUCGCUUAGUACGCCAAGCCCAGCUUGUUGCACAUUUAGAGAGUAUGUUAUUCUCUCGACUAUUUAAAUGUGCCCCAAAAAGGCUUCUUAAAUGGUUUUACAACCAGGCCCUCCUACUAAGAUCACAGCAUCACUGCGCUUUAUAUGUACGACCAAAUGAUCCCAGAGAAGAACGUAUUCCGAAAUAUUUAAUCAAGAAUAUCUAUCAAUUGGUUGUAGAGCAAAAGGAGAAAUUAAAGAUACGAUCACGUAUUAGCAAUCGUAAAAGAUGCCACCGGCAUCUGUAUGAUAUGCAGUUUCCUCCACCCGUAUCAAGAUUAAAUUCCAAUUUAAGCGGGUUGUCGUCAACCGAACAGUUACAGUUGGAGUUGCUUCGAAAGGAAUUUCAAGAAUGGGGUAAAGUAUUUUUGGAUAAGAUCGAACAACUUAGCAAACCAACAAACACAGAAGAGAGGUAAAACUAACACAAUAAAUUUUGUACAAGUUAGUGUAUUCAAUUUGAAUGUGUCGCAAUAUACUUUUUUAUGUUUUA